GGAAGGGGGCAAGGGAGGAAGGGAGGGCGGCCGGGCCGAGCUGGGCCGGGUCGGGCCGGGCCGGGCCGGGCCACCAUGGCCACCUUUGUCAGCGAGCUGGAGGCCGCCAAGAAGAACCUGAGCGAGGCGCUGGGGGACAACGUGAAGCAAUACUGGGCUAACCUGAAACUGUGGUUCAAGCAGAAGAUCAGCAAAGAAGAGUUCGACCUUGAAGCUCACAGGCUCCUGGCCCAGGAUAAUGUUCAUUCGCACAACGAUUUCCUCCUGGCCAUACUCACCCGUUGCCAGAUCCUGGUUUCCGCCCCAGAUGGCACCGGGUCCAUGCCUUGGUCCGGGGGCUCGGCCACGAAACCCGGGAAGCCCAAGGGGAAGAAAAAGCUCUCGUCGGUGCGCCAGAAGUUCGACCACCGAUUCCAGCCCCAGAACCCGCUGUCGGGCGCCCAGCAGUUCGUGGCCAAGGACCCCCAGGACGACGAGGACCUGAAGCUCUGCUCCCACACCAUGGCGCUGCCCACCCGGGGCCAGCUGGAGGGCAGGAUGAUCGUCACCGCCUUCGAGCACGGGCUCGACAACGUCACCGAGGAGGCCGUGAGCGCCGUGGUCUACGCCGUGGAGAAUCACCUUAAGGACAUCCUCACCUCCGUGGUGUCAAGGAGGAAAGCUUACCGGUUGAGAGACGGCCACUUCAAGUUCGCCUUCGGAAGCAACGUGAAUCCCCAGCCCUACUUGAAAAACAGCGUCGUCGCCUACAACCAUCUAAUAGAGUGCCCCCCGACCUGCGCGGCCCCUUCGGCCGGCCCGAACCCGGCCUCCCAGCCGGCCCCCGACGACGCCGAGCAGCAGGCCGCGCUCCUCCUGGCCUGUUCGGGGGACAGGCUUCCGGCCGCCCUGCCCCCCGUCAACAUGUACGACCUGUUCGAAGCCUUACAGGUGCACAGGGAGGUGAUCCCCACGCACACGGUCUACGCCCUGAACAUGGAGAGGGUCAUCACGAAGCUGUGGCACCCCAACCACGAGGAGCUGCAGCAGGACCGUGUCCACCGCCAACGCCUGGCUGCCAGGGAGCGGCUCCUGCUGGGCUGAGGCGCCCGCGGGCGGGAGCCGGGGAGCCGGCCCCGGCCCACCGGACAGGACUUUCCUCUCGGGGCAGGAGGACCCGGUACCCCCGGGGACUCCCGGCGGCCUUUUGGAGCGGCGACCGUCGCCGGCCGGCCGUGGAGCCUGUCUCCGGCGGCCCGUCCCCUCUCCGGUCCGGGACCGAGGGUAACCUCCGCCCUCCCGCGUUCCUUCCUUCCCGAAUUUAGCCCGGAGGCUCCCACGAUUCUCUCCCCGGGGCCGUUCCAUCCGGGACAGAGGGUCCUGCCCCACACCUUGUGGGUCUCCCCCUGGGGCUUUGGGGCGAACGGCCGCGGCCUCCACCGGGCCCGGGCCUCCAACCUUGGGCACGUUGGAGGCCGGGGACUGGCUCUGGCUCACGGAAGUGUUGGGAGUCCAACCGGGAGAGCGGGUGACCUUCUGCCCCCAGCCGGGCGGGACAAAGAGCCCGCAGACGGUUCCAUCCCGAAGAUCGUACCAGCUUUAACGGCCACAGUUCCCUAGGCCUAGGAUGCGGUGAGUCAAGCGAAGGGAAAUCCCCGGCUUCCCGGGCCGAGAAUCUUACAGAAGCCGUCGGGUCCCGCCGGGACCGCUGACGGGAGCGCGACGAGCUGACCGGGGCCGUUCCAGCUGAAGUGCGGAGCGGGGGGUAUUGAUCGACCGCAUUCUCCCUCUCCACACGUGCCCCCCCCCCCCCCCAGCCCCACUGGGUACAACACACUCUAUCAAGUGCUAAACUGAGCAAAUGACUUCUCAAAAUCACUGUAUUUUCUUAAGGAUCUAAUAAAGACACCAAAAUAGUC